AUAUAACCCCGCACCACGUCAGCCUUGCUUUGAAGCGGUAGUCUGAAGUUCAGAUAGGGCGCAUUUAAACAGGCACUUUACUGCGAAAAAACAACAGAGGAGGAAGAUCAAACGAACCACUCGAGUUCUAUUUGCAAAAGACUGAGAACAGAGCCAGCUGCAGGAUCCAGCCAUGUACCAGCUGCCAAAAACAAGGGCAAACACCUGGGAGUACGAACCUUCUUUCAUGACAGGAGAGGAGGUGGAGUUUGAGGGAAGCAGCACAGAGCAGAGCAUUGAGGAGUUUGUCCAGCUGUUCAAAUCCAAGAAGCCGUUGAUAAAGAGACACCUCCGAGAACUCACAGAGAUUGCAGAUGGCUUGGAUGAGGCCAGCAUGAAUGCAGCCGUUGCUAAGACUAUAGGGAGCUUCGUAGGGGUGGCCGGGGGGAUCAUGACCCUAGCAGGGUUAUUCCUGGACCCCGAGUCACCCACAGCCUGCAGUUUGCAAGACAUUGGAGAGAAAGGGGUCGCCUUAGGACAGUUUGCCAAAACUGCCACUGAUAUAACCCAGGCCGUCAGUGAGAGAACACACAACCAAAGAGCAGAUGAGAUACUGUGGAAGGUAGAGGCUGCGAUGUUAGAGCUGAGCAAAUCGAUCGACAUCGCCUUUAAAUCACUCCUGAAAUUGAAAGAGUCUCGUCUCGAGGACAAGAGCAGUUUACUUUUACAGCUCUGCAGUAGCGUGGGUCCUAUCAUUAGUAGGUACAUAGGGGCGACAGUGAUGUGUGAUGUGGGCUGUUCUUCUACAGCCCUGUCUGUGUGCGAUGACAGGCUAGCUAGGGGGGUUCAAGUUGGACUCUGGGUGGCUAAAGAUGUCUAUGAGAUGAGUUCGUAUUAUGAAGACAUGCAGCAAGGCUGCAAAACUGAAAGAGCAGAGGAGAUCAGGAGUGUGGUGAAAUCUGUAGCCUCAGAUCUGAAGAGACUGGAACAGCUGUAUCAAUACAUGCGGCAAUGAAGCUUCUUAAAGGAAAUGUGAUAACAUAUAGAUUCAGAGAGGACAUCAGUAAUCUGGAGCAGAGCUCUUCACUGUAUUGUGAGGUAUACUAAAUGUGAAAUCCAGGCCUUGCACAGAACGGGGUUGAAUAGACAAUGUAAGCUAUGUCAGAAUGCAUCGCUGCAGGCUUGUUGACUUGUUAGAACAGGAUUGAUCCAGUGAGACAAUUAUAUCUGUACCUGUUAAAUCUGU